GCUGGCCCCCGCUGGGCCCCGCGGCGCCAUGGCGGCUCCCGGCCCGUCCUCGCCGCCGCCGCCUCCGCCUCCGCCUCCGCCUCCUGCUCCUCGGGCCCGGGCGUUGCUGCAGCAGUGUCUGCAGGCCCGACUGCAGGUGCGGCCCGCCCGGGGGGACGGACACCAACACUGGGUGGAGAUUAACAAGGGAGUGGUGAUCUACGUGUGCUUCUUCAAAGGAGCUAAUGAAGAACUGCUUCCCAAAAUGGUUAGCACACUCUUAAAUGUGAAAUUAAGUGAGUCUGAAAAUGGCCAGCACGUGUCGGUAUUGGAUCUGCCCGGCGACAUUCUCAUCAUCCCGCAAGCCACACUGGGUGGGAAAGUAAAGGGAAGAGGCGUACAAUACCACUGCAAUUCAGGCAAAGAGGAAGGGCUGGGGCUCUAUUCCCAGUUCGUGGAACUGUGCGAAAAAGAGCUGACCUCAAACAGCAAGUGUGCCGAAGCCGGAGUCACAGUCAAACACGGCACCUAUGGGAACAGGCAGGUGCUGAAACUGGACACCAACGGACCGUACACCCACUUGAUUGAGUUUUAAGAAAUGAAAGUGAGUUUGCUUGACCUUGUUUCCCAAUGAUUAGAUCACUUGAAAAAUGACUUUCCCAUAUCUUGUAAGGUGUUUACAGAAACCAUUCUCAUCUGUUUUGCCAUCGACUAAAUACUCCAUGUCUGAGUUUCUCCAUUGUAAAAAGUAAACAUGGUACUGAUUUUUGCAAUUGUCUUCAUUGGUAUGUUUUGGUAAAGUUUAUGGUAAAGUUCCUUUAGAUUUUUGUAACAAAGGCUGUAUACAUUUCAGUUGUUAGAAUAAUAGAAAUGUGCUCAGUGGAACACAGCUGUAACAUUUUUCAAUGCCCAACCCCUUCCCAAGUAUUUUUAUGCCUUCAUAUAAGUUUUGUGAAUAAGAAAAACUACUGUAAGAUCUCAUUAUAGUGAAGUACUGAUCUGAAUGAAGAGUCCCCUUCUUCCAAAACAGAGGGAUAGGACCACACAUAUAGGAAUCCAAACAAACCAGUUUGGAUGGGCCGAAGGGAGGGGGGCGGUGUCAGUAAUUGGGAGAGGAAUUGCUUUCCUCAAGCAAAUUUUGCCUUUCGGAUUGGGAUACUGAGCAGCAGACCUGAAAACACCAUGAAGACCCUGCAUUCGUGCAGUAAGAAAUGAUCUUUGCAUUCAGGUAAUGCAGAAGAGAGUGUCACCCGUCUUUAAAGUCACGUGCAUGCAAGUCAUAUGACUCACCAUCAACGGUGCCGUCUUUGAAAAAUAAGGAAGGAUUUGGGGACCAUCAGAGCAUUUUGGGGGCUGAAUCUUCCACAUUUUCCUGUACAAUAAGUACAGAUUCAGCAGCAAUUUUAUUUAUUAUGCAAUAUAAUCUUCUGAUUUCUGUGUUCCAUAAAACAGUGCAGCUCUGAAAAGCCCUUGGUCUUUAACCAAUUUCACUAUAAUGAAGUUUUACUAUAUUGACAGAAAAAUUAGACAGUCAACAUAGCUAAAAAUGUGGUCAUUUAUUGACUUGCUUUAUUCUUUUAAUUUCCCAUCAAAAGAUAUUUCUUUUGGUGAGAGAAUAUAUAUUUUUGGUUAUUUGAAUUAGACUUUGCAGUGGCCAAGUUAUAUAAAGGAACAAAGUCUAACUAGAAUUCAUAUACUUUAAAAAAUAUAGAUGAUUUUUUCCCUUUAACAAAAUAACAAAGUGGUAAUUUUAGCCUCUGGAGCACAACUUCAAUCAGUCAAUCAGUGGUAUUUAUUGAGCACUUACUAUGUGCAGAGCUUGGGAGAGUUUAAUACAGCAGAAUUAGCAGACACGUCCCCUGCCUAUAACAAGCUUACAGUCUUAGAUGGGGAGACAGAUGUUAAUAUGAAUAAAUGAUUUAUAACAUAAUAUAAAGAUACAUACAUAGAUUUAAAAAAAUAGAAGUAGAGCACCCCUAAUUCCAGUCUUCAGUUUUGGAUGGCAACCCUCUUCAUGAACAUAGUGAUAACUGUAAGAAUAUUUCAACAAGUGUGUCAUUCCUGCCAUACAGAAGAAGAAAGGGAAGGAUUUCUAUCCAAAUUAUUUGGAACCCAUUCCAUAUUAUUAAUUCCUUUUUUAUGUGAAUUAAGCUCCUAGCAGAUGUUGCUUUUUCUAAUAUAUAGUAUUGUAAAAAUUAAAAUUUCAAGAUAAUGGCACAUAGCUGUUCAGUUCUCUGGAAGUUAAUAGCUUUAAGAAACCCAAACCUAAUUUUAAGAAACAUUUCUUAGGUGCCAGAGGUGGGGUAAGUUGUUUUUCACUGUUAAAAAAGGGAAGAUGUAAAAAAAAUUUGAAUAAAGACAAUUCAUGACU